UGCAAAAUCCCCAAAACAUCAUUAAAGAGUGGAUUGGCAGGGCUAGAACCCGGCAAUCAGCUUUGCUCCUGCGAGCAAGUACAUCAUAUCAAUCUCAUAUCAAUGCAUCGAGUUCGAGGACUCAACAAAGAAAUCAACAACCAAAGAUUCAUACCACACCAUUGCCACUCUUCCCUGGCAAACCUUUCAUCACACCAACCACUGUCUCACGACACCGGCCAUCUCCUCCGCCCUAUCCCAAGUCCCCAACCUGUUAUCUUCCGCAUACACAGACGCACCGUCCGUUCCCAACCCCUCUCUGCCCAUCUCGACCCUCACCCCCGCCGGCACCGGCAAAAGCAAAUCACGCGUAAAACUAGUGCGAACCAAACUCUACGCGUCUGCAGUGCUGGGCAUUACUGGCCGACUGCAUUUGAUGUGACAGACCAGCGCGGGACGAGAGCAGCGGAAAGUGACGACGCGUGCGCGAUGUCUGCUUUUCCAUCUAGCUCUGGGAUUCUGGACUGA